ACUCCAUCGUCAACCUUCGCAAGCUCUUCAUAACCUCAGCUCUGUUUGGAAGCGAGGGUCGCUUUCCUCCGCCCUCCGUCGGGUCCCCCCAGCGUCCUCCCGAUCCCUUCUGUCUACGUCCCAGUGUCGCCAACUACAGCGGCGGAGGGGAGCCUCCCAGAGUAGCUGGGGGCGGAGGGAGGGGGCGCGGGUAGAGGGGCUGGAUGGGCGGACACAAGGCGCCGCGCGGAGGUGGCGGACACCCCGCGCAAAGCCCACCGCGAGCGCGCGGACGCCAAGACGGGGGCUCCCGAGAGCGCUGCGUUGUCGGGGGGCUCGGGGCCGCCUGCGUGGACCUUGUCCGCACGGUCUCGCCGCCUCCGCCCGGCUGCCCAGCUCGCUCCCCGCCUCUCCCCACCCUCCAAGAGCCGUUGGUACAGUCCCGCUGACUCCGAGAGCUUAAAAAGGGCCGGGGCCGCCCAAGCCAGCCGAUUUGGUCCUGAUUUGUGUGCGCGGCGCGUCUCCUGCGAUCCCGGAUCCGCCACGCCGCUGGAGGACGUCGGGGGGGGUCUCUUGCCGUCUUGGUGGGGGGCGUUCCUUCGGCUGCGGCGCUCGAGCGUGUGUAGCCGUCCAGCCAGCAGCUAAGGCCCCUCGCCGCCGGCUCCUCGGUUCGCUCAGCUCCCGCACCGGAGAGCCGCGCGCGCCGCCCGCUCGGCGAGGGAUGGAGCAGACCGAGGUGCUAAAGCCGCGGACCUUGGCGGAUCUGAUCCGCAUCUUGCACCAGCUUUUCGCCGGCGAGGAGGUCAACGUGGAGGAGGUGCAGGCCGUCAUGGAAGCCUACGAGAGCGACCCCGCCGAGUGGGCAGUGUACGCCAAGUUCGACCAGUACAGGUAUACCCGAAAUCUUGUGGAUGAAGGAAAUGGAAAAUUUAAUCUAAUGAUUCUCUGUUGGGGUGAAGGACAUGGCAGCAGCAUCCAUGAUCACACUGACUCCCACUGCUUUCUGAAGAUGCUGCAGGGAAAUCUAAAGGAGACAUUAUUUGCCUGGCCUGACAAAAAAUCCAACGAGAUGAUCAAGAAGUCUGAAAGAAUCUUGAGAGAAAACCAGUGUGCCUACAUCAACGAUUCCAUUGGUUUACAUCGAGUAGAGAAUAUCAGCCAUACAGAGCCUGCCGUCAGCCUUCACUUGUACAGCCCGCCUUUUGAUACAUGCCACGCCUUUGAUCAAAGAACAGGACAUAAAAACAAAGUCACCAUGACAUUCCACAGCAAAUUUGGAAUCAGGAUUCCAUUUACAGUUUCAGGAUCCCUGGAGAACAACUAAGAAGCACCAAAUCCUCUAAGGUUUUACUCUAAGGUCUGCUAAAAGUUUUGCCUUGGACAGGGAGGCCUCCCCACCAUCUGCUGUCCAACAAUACACCUUUUACAAAGCCAAUGCCUAGAUCUACUACAAAGCAGACGCUAAUUGUAAGGCAUUGAGCAAGCAAAUAGUGCCCUGAGCUACUGCAGAAGAAAAAUCCCACUAAAGAGAAAAUAAGCAUCGUAAUUGUAAGGGCCAAAUCAAGUACUCUCUUGGUUUUAUCCUCUAAAUUCAGGGGAACCACGGUGGGAAUGUCAAUGAAGGAUGCUUUUGGAAACGCUUUGGUCCCUGAACUGUAAUUAGCAAUAAAUGAAAACAAGAAACCACAGACGUCAAAUGCUCGCCUUGCUACUUGGAGGACUAAAUGUAGAUGCCUUUAGUAUCCUUUGUAUGUUCUUAAUAUUUGCAGAGAAAUUUUUGGAUCUAUGGAUUUUAUUUUUUCAGUCUUACUUUACAAAUUCCUGUCCUAUACGUAGUAAGGUAUUGUAGACAGAGAAAAACGUAAGGAACUUUGUCAUUUGGUAACGAAAGGAAGGACAGAAGGUUUAGAAAAGUACACAUACCCAAACACAAACCAGACCAAAAAAUAUUAAACUCCUGUCUAAACGUGCGCAGCGGUCAUAGUCAAAGACUUUGUACUGCUCCUGAAAUCGCCAAAUAAUUUUAAUAAAACUGGAUUUGAAUACAA